UGUGUGUUACUUUGCAGACAGGAAGAGGCGUGAGGAAGGAGUAUAAUUUUGUUUUUGCAUGGGAAUAUAUCAUAGUUGUGUUAAACUAUGUAAAAAAUUUCAAGCGUACUUUCAGAGAGUGUGCAGGGAGGCGUCAUUCCCAAAGUUGUUUUAUGAUAAUUUGCUCCUUGUUUUGCCAUAGUAAUAACAACAGCUGCUAUUUUUGGCAGCAUUCGCAUACCUACUGCUGAAUGUAAAACUCUAAGCAUGGGGGGAGACUACUCAUGUUAUUUUAAAAAGUGCUGAAUUAAUUGACUUUUAGUAUAGUUUUAAUUAACUGAUUUGUCUUUUUUUGCUUUAAAACUAUAGGAAUUCUUCAUAUAAAAUUAUUUGGUUAAUGUAUCUGAAUUAUGAAAGCAGACCUUCCUGUCAAAUGUGACAGGUGCCUUUUGCGUUCCAAGCUUUAAGGAGAAAUGCUCAUUUUCAUAUAAGGGUAAAAAAACAAACUUAAUGUGGCAGCCAGGUGAUGGAAUCGGAAGGGGUUCGACGCAGUUGCUCAUUGUGAAAACGAAACCUCUUUUUAACCUUCGGGUAUUUAGCUUCACGGCCUCCCUGCAUCUGCACAUAAAUAAAGCGAUGUGUGGAAACAUGCCUUAAAGCCAGAUUUUAAGUAUAUGCAUCAUCCAACACCUCCAGGAAAAAUAGCAGCUGUGCCGCAGAUCUGGGUUUAUAAUUUAAAUUUCCCCACAAACACUAAUUUAGGACCACUAACCGUGAAUGUUCAACCUCAAAUGAUUAUAAGCACACCUCAGCGAUUGCCUACCUCAGGGACUGUUCUGAUCGGUAGUCCAUUUACCUCAAAUCCAACUAUGGUCACUCAGAAUUUAGCAGAAGCCCCUGGAUGGGUCCCAGGGAUCAGAAAAAGAUCUCAUGAGUUUCUGGAAUCAGAUUUUUCUGACAGUAAGAGAAGCAGAAAAGGUGAUAAGAAUGGCAAGGGACUAAGACAUUUUUCAAUGAAGGUUUGUGAGAAAGUGCAGAAAAAAGGAACAACGUCUUACAAUGAAGUAGCAGAUGAACUUGUGGCAGAAUUUGCCAACUCUAGUAGUAUUAUGACUGCUGAUUCUCAGGUCUAUGAUCAGAAGAAUAUUAGGCGACGUGUUUAUGAUGCCUUGAAUGUUCUCAUGGCUAUGAAUAUCAUAUCAAAAGAAAAAAAAGAAAUCAAGUGGAUUGGGCUUCCAACUAAUUCUGCUCAGGAGUGCCAGAAUCUAGAGCUAGAGAAACAGAGAAGAAUAGAAAGAAUUAAGCAAAAAAGGGCUCAGUUACAGGAACUAAUAUUGCAGCAAAUAGCAUUUAAAAAUUUGGUGCAAAGAAACCAGCAAGCAGAGGAAGAGCGCCAGAGUCCUCCACCCAGAAGCUCUGUGAUUCAACUGCCUUUUAUUCUUCUCAAUACCAGCGUGCGCACUGUCAUUGACUGUAGUAUCUCUAGUGACAAGUGCGAAUAUCUGUUUAAUUUUGACAACACAUUUGAGAUCCAUGAUGAUAUUGAGGUGCUGAAGAGGAUGGGCAUGUCUUUUGGUUUGGAGUAUGGAAAAUGCACCUCAGAAAAUCUGAAAAUUGCAAAAUCAUUGGUGCCAAAGUCUUUAGAGUCUUAUGUUACAGGUAUGGCAGAUGGGCAGAUUUUGAGUCAAGAACAGUUCACUUGUAAUUCAGUGCAGACAUCUGCCUCUUCCUCCUCCUCCUCCUUCAUCUCUGGAAGUGCCCACUUCAGCUCAAAUCUGGACAGUUGUGUAGACAAUGAAGUGGCCUUAACAACAGGACAUUGUGUCAUGUCAAGCAACCAACAGCCUUUCACUAUGACAUCUCAUUAUUCUGAAUCAAGAGGAGAGACUCCUUGCUCUUUCAACGACUAUGAUGAUGAAGAUGAUGAUGACUCUUCAUCUCCAGAAUAAGCUGCUUAACUUAUUUUUUUUGUUAUUCCUGUAAAACAUUUUAUAAAACUUCUAAUGAAUGGCUAGAAAGAGAAGCUGCAUUUCCAGACAUUGGAAGCACAUCAAGGACUGAAGAGCAAAAAGUACAAACAAAGAAAAUGUUUAGUAGUAGGAAAAAAAUUAGGACAAUGUACAUGUAUUUUGAAGUCAUUUAUCUGAUAUGUCAUUGUUUGGAAACUGCACAUGUAAAAUGAAUUACAGUAAAAUUUAGCUCACUUGUUUAGCUUACGGAUGUGGAGCAACAAGCCUUGUAGAACAAACAGUCUUGGGUGCCUUUAUUCUGACUUCAUUAUACAGUAAAUGCAUGUGUAAUGUUCCAAAAUAUUACAAAACCUACAGAUUCUAAGACACUCACAUUUAAAGAGGUCAACAGAGCUUUUGAGUACAGAAGCCAAUUCAUUAAAAAAAGUUAUGUGUAUUA